CAUUGUUACAACAGAUUUGAUGUGGAACAACAUUGCUUGUUACAACACAAUUAGUGUAGAUGUGCACUUAUUGUGUUUGCUACAAUGAAAAAGCUCAAAUGUGCAGAAAUGCAUGACAGAACCAUGGUUAUUUUGAGGAUAACUUGCUUAACCUUUAAGUGGGUCAAGCAGGGGAAUUAUCCACGGGUGGCAGUAAUGCACACUGAGUUGUUUGCGAGCUGCCAGAGAGACACUCGAAGAAGCUCUAUUGGGACCGGAGGUCGUCUUGGCAACCGGUAUACAGCAGGCAAGCCAAGCCUGGCUUCACCUGGUGGAACUUUCCUCUAAAGUUUUGUCCAAGGUUGACUCUUUUGGAGAUGCCAACCGAUAAUGUUGCAGCACCUGGGAAAAAGAAGGUACCUGUUGCAAAGUUACAAAAAGCUACCAAUAAGAGAAAGGAUGAAGAAGAUGACUAUGGUGAUUAUGGCUGGGAAGAAAGGACUCAUGGCAAACCUGUUAAACCCGCUGAUCAACUGGAUCUCACUGAUGCUGAGUUGAAUGAGGAAGUCACAAGGAUUCUGACAGCAAAAAAUCCACACGCGCCACAAAACAUUGUCCGAUACAGCUUCAAGGAAGGUGCUUUCAAGCUGACCAGUGUUGUUGAUCAGCUGGCUGUUCACUUUGUCUUGGAUGGUUGUCUCAUACAUCAGGACUCUGAUGAGGCUCGCAGGCUGGCAGCCAGUGAAGACCUCUCUGAAGCAACAGUUGAUACCGGAACAGAACCGGAUGAGGAGAAACCUGAAACAUUGGAUACAUCUGGUGAUGGAGGUGAAGAAGAGGAUGCUGGAGAAGAUGACAGACCAGACAGUGCUUCUUCCAAAACAAAGGAUCAGAAGCUAAAAUGUACAAACCAGUUCAAUUUCAUCGAAAGAGCUUCCCAAACACUCAAUAAUGCAAUGCGGGACAGAAGCUGCCAGACCGUACCACCUCCACGCUGCAAUUAUUCGGCCAGCGCUAAUCAGUGGGAGAUAUAUGAUGCGUACACGGAGGAGCUGCAGAAACAAGAAAUGAAGAAAGAGAAGCAGAGAGCCUUUCAAACAAAGAAAGAUGGGGACCAAAACAAAAAGAAGAUUGUGAAUGACACUCCGCAGAGUGACGACAUCACCCAAAUGGCCACGGCAGUCACACUAUUGGAAAGAAUGGUCAAUCAGAAUACAUGUCAUGAAAUAGCGCAAGAUUUCAAGUUUUUUGAGGACGCGGCAGAUGAAUUUCGAGACCAGGAGGGCACUCUUCUCCCCUUGUGGAAGUUCCAGUACGACAAAGCCAAAAUGAUGUGUGUCACGGCACUCUCCUGGAAUGAGAAAUAUCCUGACCUUUUUGGUGUGGGAUUGGGAUCUUAUGACUUCAGCAAACAGGGCCGCGGGAUGCUCCUCUUCUACACGUUGAAGAACUCCACAUUCCCCGAGUACAUUUUCCCGACAAGUACCGGCGUCCUGAGCCUGGAUAUUCAUAAGCGACAUUCCUAUCUGGUGGCUGUGGGUUUUUAUGAUGGAUGCGUGUGUGUGUACAACUUGAAGAAGAAAAGCGUGGAAGCUGAAUACAAGAGCAAUGCUAAAACUGGCAAGCACACUGAUCCUGUCUGGCAGGUACGAUGGCAGAGCGACGACAUGGACAAAAACCACAAUUUCUAUUCUGUGUCCUCUGAUGGCCGUGUUGUGUCUUGGACACUCAUCAAGAAUGAACUAGUCUUCUCUGACACUAUCAGGCUCAUGCUGGAUGAUGCUGUGUUCGAUGGUCCUGAGGGAAUUCGGGGGCGUAGCGCCGUUGGCGGAACAUCCUUUGAUUUUCACAAACAGAACGAGUCUCUUUUCGUCGUUGGCACCGAGGAGGGUAAAAUACACAAGUGCUCCAAGAAUUAUUCAAGCCAGUUCCUUGAGACUUACAUUGCCCACAACAUGGCAGUGGACGCACUCAAGUGGAAUCCUUACCACCCAAAGGUUUUCAUCUCUUGCAGCUCGGAUUGGACCAUCAAGAUCUGGGACCAUACUGUCAACACUGCCAUGUUAACAUUUGAGCUCAGUGCUCCAGUUGGAGAUGUGGCAUGGGCGCCGUACUCCUCCACUGUCUUUGCUGCCGUCACCACAGAAGGAUUGGUCCAUGUUUUUGACCUGAGCAUCAACAAGUAUCAGGCCAUCUGCCGGCAGCCCGUGGUGGCAAAAAAUAAGAGCAAACUGACUCACAUUGAGUUUAAUCCCGUCCAUCCAAUCAUCAUUGUGGGAGAUGACCGAGGCUCCGUCAUCACCCUCAAACUGUCCCCGAACCUCCGCAAGAAACCAAAGGGAAAGAAAGGUCAAGAGCUGCCCGAAGGUCCUGAAGUGGAAGUGGCCAAAAUGGAGAACCUACUCAAUCUACUGAGGGACUCAGAGCAAAGCAGUGUGAAGUGACCUUCAUGGUUUCCUGGGAAAGGUUCAUUCAGUGAGUGUCAACACUUAUCACUUUUGUUCCUGAGGGCAAUUGUUGGUUUGUCUCUUUGUGAAAUGGGGAAAAUAAUAGAUUUUUUUCCACAAAUGUCAUUUAAAUGAUGCUGUGGAAUUCUUGUGAUUAAAUUGAAACGUUUAUAAGAAAUUAAUGAUAGGGGCAAAUAAGAUUAGAAAUGCUAGAUGAAUCAGAAUGAGAUUUUUUUUUUUCGUCAUCGAAGAAAUGACUCAGAUUCAAUUAUAAAAUACAUUUAUUUAUCUACUUGUUACAUUACACAGGCAACACAGUGGACUGCAGUGCACUUGAGCAGUGAUUCACAAAAGGCAAUUCCGUAUAUAUUGUUAUGUGUGGGAGAGCAUUCUUCUAAGUGAGCAUCAAAACAAAUUCAAGAUCUUCAGAACAAAACCAGGACAAAUUAUAUGAUUGACUUGCACGUGCAGUCCUGGGCAACAUUCCAGUCAAUACCCAAGAGUCUUUAGACUUCAAUGUAGAGCUUGGCUUUGAGUCACCAUGCUGCGGCUUGGUUAUGACGCUCUUGUUCGGUGAAGCACCACUCAAUGUCCUCCUGACAUCUUGCCGUGGACACAUGCAAGCACUCUGUCCAUUAGCUGUGAUUUGUUCGUUCCGCUGCUCGGAUUUUGUGGAAGAAGGAUGCUCGUUCGUGUUGCUUUGACACCGUGAAACCUGCUCUCUCGCUGUGUUUACUGUUUUGUUCUGUUUGUUUGACCGCGGCCACAUUAUAAAGACAAAUCUAUUUAGGAUGCUUGGCAGCUAGUAAAAGGAAGCAAGCCUAUAUAAGUAGAUGUUUUCUCAUUCAGGUUAGAGUCAGUGGGACUUUGUGCAAGGUAGAAGCAGAUGAUAUUGUGAGGAAAAGAGUACUCGGGCACCCCAACAUCGUUCUUCAGUUUCCUUUCUAUGGCACACUGUCUGACAAAAUACUCAUUCAUUUCAAAUGAUCUUUGCCAAUGUGCCAAAAAUUGUAUUUACCGUAAGUCCGGGCCGGACUUUGGACACGCCUGCUGCCGUGGCUCAAUAUUGGUCCCUAUAUAAGGCGCACCUGAUUAUAAAGCGCACUGUCGGCUUUUGAGAAAAUUGGAGGUUUUUAGGUGCGCCUUAUAGUGCGGAAAAUACGGUACUUUUAAAAGUAGAGGUGGUCAUUGAUGUUGAAGAAGACACGGAUAUAGUGUGGCCUCUUCAAGCGUUAUGUAACAGCUCCCGUAAGGAGUUCUGGCACACAGAUUGCUUGGAUUUAUGAGUGACAAUGGCGCACACGUCCCCGUUGUCAGCAAUAUGCUGAGAUGAAAUGACGGGAUAUAUUUAGAAACCACCUACAGCAUUCAUUUCCCUCACUUUGUGUGUAUUAAACGUCGACUUCUAUACAUCGGAGCUAUUUGUUGGUGGUUUUAAAUUCACAAAGGCAUGCCUAAUUAUUGCUUUCCCCAAUCGAGUUCGGGUGCUUCCUGGCACUUUUUCCUCAUUGCUACAUAAGACUCCUCCUACUGCAGUCAGGAAGUCAGGAGGUACUUUUCAUUUAGAGGCCUGCCUUCUCCCUCACUGGGAGACAGAACCAUCAGUCU